AUUCGUGUAUAUGGGAGUGUAUAUGGGUGUGUAUCAGUGUAUAUCAGUGUACAUGGGUGUAUAAUGGAGUAUAUGGGUGUAUAUGGCAGGAAUAGAAUUAUAAGUGACUGGGUGAUUGGGGGAGUCACCUUCAGUACUUGGUGGCUGUAUAGAGUUGGCAGAUAGUAGAAUAUAAGUGACAGUUGGUGGUUGUGGGGGUGUCAGGGCAGGAAACAGAAGGGAAUAUUAUUAUGUUUUGUAUUUUAGGAGAAGAAAGAACAGAAGGAGCUGUUGGUACCAAGACUAUUUGGCUGCUUCUGCUCCUGGCGCUGAUUUCUCCUCACAAUGUGUGCCAGGGGGUGCUGGUGAAGCAGGAGAAGAGGCUGGUGUUGGUUCCAUUGGGCCAGUCAGCUGACAUUCCUUGUAAUCAGGACCAGUCUACUCAUUUCCCUAUGUCCUGGUACCAACAGAACCAAGGAGAAGGUCUGAAGCUCAUGGUUUAUUCUAGCGGCGCUGGGGACCAGAACAUGGAAAAGGAAUUUGGGGAGCGAUGGAGCCUGAAUAGAUCCGACGUAUAUAAUUCUGUUCUGACGCUGAAGGAGGCAAAGAUGGAGGAUGCAGCGCAGUAUAUAUGUGCAUCGAGUAUCACAGACACAGACAUGGGCCCAGCAGCCGCCACUAAACCCUCUGCUCUGUGUCAGGGGAUUGUGGUGACUCAGGAGAAGAAGCAGCUGACGGUGAAUCCUGGAGACUCUGUGGCCCUUCCCUGUCACCAUGACGAUAAGUCUGGCACCUAUGAUACUAUGCUCUGGUACCAGCAGAAAUCAGGGGGGGCACUGAUGGUCUUGGCUGUAUCCAUAGGAAAGAACGAUUCCACCAUAGAGGAACAAUUCAGGGACACUUGGACUAUGGAGAGACCCGAUAUCGAAAACUCAGUUCUGAGCAGGGGGAAUGUGGCCCCCCAGGACUCAGCAAUGUAUUAUUGUGCAGUGAGGAAACACAGACACGGAGGCUAA